AUGGUCAACCCGUUCUCGAGCUGUGAGAGCGAUCCGGGAUGGCAAUAUUUGAAGCGCUCCCGCGAGCAAGAGCUCAUUGACAGCUCGAAGCCAUAUGACUCGAAGAAGAGCGUGUGGAUCCCCGAUGCUGAAGAGGGAUUUCUCCCCGCUGAGAUCAAGUCCACUAAGGGUGAUCAAGUGACUGUCGUUGUUGAGGGAACUGGAGCUGAGAAAACCCUCAAGAAAGACUUGGCGCAAGAGAUGAAUCCGCCAAAAUUCGAGAAAACCGAGGACAUGUCCAACUUGACUUUCCUCAACGACGCCUCGGUGUUGCACAACUUGCGCGCCCGUUACGCCACCAUGUUGAUCUAUACCUUCUCGGGUCUCUUCUGCGUGGUGAUCAACCCGUACAAGCGUCUUCCCAUCUACACCGAGUCGAUCUUCACCGGACAUAUCAAGGGUUUAAAGGAGAAACUUUUGUUGGACCGACCGAUCACCGACUAUUGGUUUGUGUCACAGGCCGAGUUGACUGUUGACGGAAUUGAUGAUGUGGAAGAGAUGCAAGCCACCGAGGAGUCCUUCGACAUUCUCAACUUCAAUGCCGACGAGAAAUACGAUUGUUAUCGUCUAAUGGCGGGCCAUAUGCAUAUGGGCUGCAUGAAGUUCAAGCAAAGGCCAAGAGAAGAACAAGCCGAGCCCGAUGGCCAAGAAGGAGCUGAGAAAGCUUGCCACAACUAUGGUGUCGACGUCGACCAUUUCAUCAAAGCUUUAGUGUCGCCUAGAGUGAAAGUCGGAGCCGAAUGGGUGACCAAGGGACAAAACGUUGACCAAGUCAACUGGGCUAUUGGCGCGAUGGCGAAGAGUUUGUACGCUCGUGUGUUCCACUGGAUCGUGGCGAAAUGUAACCAGACUCUUGAUCAACAAGGAACCCCACGUAUCUACUUCAUCGGCGUGUUGGACAUUGCCGGUUUCGAGAUCUUCGACUUCAACUCUUUUGAGCAGCUGUGGAUCAACUUUGUGAACGAGAAGUUGCAACAAUUCUUCAACCAUCACAUGUUUGUGUUGGAGCAAGAGGAGUACGCGAGAGAGGCGUGUAUCGAGUUGAUCGAGAAGCCUCUUGGUAUCAUCUCGAUGCUUGAUGAGGAGUGCAUCGUGCCAAAGGCCACCGACAUGACACUCGCUCAAAAAUUGAACGAUCAACAUUUGGGCAAGCAUCCCAACUUCGAGAAGCCUAAGCCACCAAAGGGAAAACAAGGCGAGGCUCAUUUUGCCAUGCGGCACUACGCCGGUACUGUGCGAUACAAUGUGUUGAACUGGUUGGAGAAGAACAAGGAUCCAUUGAACGACACACUUGUCGGAGUGUUGAAGGCAUCGAAGGGAAACAAGUUGCUCAAUGUUAUUUGGGAGGAUUACCAGACUCAAGAGGAGGCUGCCGCUGUGGCAAAGGCCGGUGGUGAGCGCAAGAAGGGCAAAUCUGGCUCCAUGAUGACCGUGUCGAUGAUGUACAGAGAAUCGCUGAACAAGUUGAUGGACAUGUUGCACAAGACUCAUCCCCACUUCAUCCGUUGCAUCAUCCCCAACGAGAAGAAACAAUCGGGAGUUCUUGAUGCCGCGCUUGUCAUGAAUCAACUCACUUGCAACGGUGUGCUCGAGGGUAUUCGUAUCUGCCGAAAGGGUUUCCCCAAUCGUACCCAGCAUCCCGAUUUCGUGCAACGUUACGCAAUUCUUGCUGCCAACGCUGCGAAGACGAGCAAAGAUGAUCCGAAGAUGAACGCCGAAGCGAUCAUGACUCAACUCGAGAAAGAGGGAAAAAUCAACGAGGCUCAAUACCGUAUCGGGCACACGAAAGUCUUCUUCAAGGCCGGAGUUGUCGCUCAUAUUGAGGACUUGAGAGACGAGAAGUUGAGCGAGAUCAUCUCGCUUUUCCAAGCGCGUGUCCGUUUCUACUUUGCCACCGAGGACAGCGACGCGAGACGCAAACAACUCAACGCGUACAUUGUCGUGCAGAAGAAUAUCCGCACUUGGUCGGUGCUCCGUACUUGGGACUGGUACAAGCUUUUCGGAAAGCUUCGUCCACAAUUGAAAUCGGGAAAACAAGCCGAAGAGAUGGCUCGUCUUUCCGUUCAAGUCAAAGAACUCGAGGGACAAGUCUCCAAAUCGGAAUCCGAGAGAAAAGCGGCUGAAGAGGUCUAUGGAAAAUUGCAAGCCGAGAAACAGCGACUCUUGGAGGCUCUCGAAGCUUGUGCCGGUGGUGGUGCGGCUGUUGAAGCAAAGUUGAACAAGUUGAACGCAAGCAAGAACGAAUUGGAGAAAGGAUUGUCUGAUUUGAACGAUAAACUCUCGUCGCAAGAAGAACGAAACUCGCAUCUCAACAAAGAGAAGAGAAAAGCCGAGAUGGAGGUGGACAACAUGAAGAAAGCGAUUGAAGGAGUUGAGAUGAACAUUCAAAGAACCGAAGAAGAGAAGCAAGCCAAAGACAACCAGAUUCGCUCGCUUCAAGACGAGAUGAACGCUCAGGAUGAGUCGAUCGCUAAGCUCAACAAGGAGAAGAAACACCAAGAGGAGGCGAAUCGCCAAUUGACCGAGGAUCUCCAAGCUGAGGAGGCGAAAACCGCCCAAGUCAAUCGACUCAAGCAAAAACUUGAGCAAACCCUUGACGAAGUUGAGGAAACCGUGGAGCGUGAGCGUCGAAUCCGUGCCGAUGUUGAGAAAGCGAAGAGAAAGGUUGAGGGAGAGUUGAAAGCAUCGCAAGAAAAUAUUGACGAAAUGCUUAAGAUCAAAGCUGAUGCGGAGGCUAAUUUGAAAAAGAAGGAGACCGAUCUCCACGCUUUGGGAGUUCGUUUAGAAGAUGAGCAAGCAUUAGCCGGCCGAUUGAUCCGUCAACAAAAAGAGAAUGCGCAACGCCUUCAAGAGAUGGAGGACGAGCUCGAGCACGAGAGACAAGCUCGAUCCAAAGCUGAUCGCGCUCGUGCUGAGCUCCAACGUGAACUCGAUGAGCUUAAUGAGCGUCUCGAUGAACAAAACGGCAACUGUGAGGCUCAACUCGAGGUCAACAAGAAGAAAGAUGCUGAGUUGGCGAAAAUUCGUCGCGAGUUGGAUGAGCUAAACAUGGGACACGAGGAUCAACUCGCUUCCCUACGCAAGCGAAACAACGAUCAAGUUGCUGAGUUGACUGCUCAAUUAGAGAAUUUGCAGAAGAACAAGUCUCGAAUCGACAAGGAGAAGGGCUUGUUGCAGAAACAACUUGAUGAUAUCAACUCUCAGGUUGACAAUGAGACCAAAGCCCGUGCUGAGCAAGAGCGCUUGGCGAAGACUUACGAGAUUCAGUUGGGUGAGCUCCAGUCUAAAGUUGAUGAGCAAACUCGUCAAAUCAAUGAGUACAGCACCUCGAAGGUACGUCUCAUGGUGGAUAAUACUGAUUUGGCGAGAACUGUUGAGGAGCUUGAGACUCAACUCAAUACACUCACUCGCGCCAAAGCUGCUUACUCUUCGCAACUCAAUGAGGCAAAGAAGGCACUUGAUGAGGAAAGUCGUGAGAAACAGGAGUUGAAUGUGACCUCGAAGAACUUGCAACAUGAGAUCGAGCAAGCGCAAGAGCUCUUGGAAGAGGAAGCUGAGCAACGUUCGGAGAUUCAAAAGCAACUUUCCAAGAUGAACUCGGAAAUUCAACAAUGGAAAGCGAAAUAUGAGGGCGAGGGACUCGUCGGAGCUGAUGAGGUUGAAGAGACAAAGAGGAAGCAGAAUAUGCGAAUCUUUGAACUUCAAGAUCUCCUCUCUGCCGCUACGCAAAAGAUUUCGAUGUUAGAGAAAGCCAAGGGACGCUUGAUGCAAGAGACUGAAGAGGCUCGAUCGGAUGUCGACAGACAUUUGACAGUGAUUGCCGCUUUGGAGAAGAAGCAGAAGGCUUUCGAUAAAAUUGUGGAGGAUUGGAAGCGGAAAGUGGACGAUGUGCAGAAAGAGAUUGAUGCGACGACGAGAGACUCGAGGAGCACAUCGACUGAGGUGUUCAAGCUCAAGUCGGCCAUGGACGCGUUGACCGAUCAGAUCGAGGCAGACAUCAAUGAGCAGAUCUCCCAAGGAGGACGCACCUACAACGAUGUCCUCAAAUUGGUCAAGAGAUUGGAGUUGGAGAAAGAUGAGCUCCAGCACGCUUUGGAUGAAGCUGAGGGAGCGCUGGAAGCUGAGGAGAGCAAGGUGCUUCGCCAACAGAUCGAGGUGCAGCAGAUCCGCUCCGAGGUUGAGAAACGAAUUCAAGAAAAAGAGGAAGAAUUCGAGAACACCCGUAAGAAUCACCAAAGAGCCGUCGAAUCGAUCCAAGCCUCGUUGGAGGUGGAAGCGAAGACAAAGGCCGAGUUGCAACGCGUGAAGAAGAAGUUGGAGGGUGACAUCAACCAAUUGGAGAUCAUGUUGGACCAUGCAAAUAAGGCAAAUGUUGAGGCACAGAAAACGAUCAAGAAAAUGUUGGAACAAGUGAAGGAAUUGCAAUCCCAAGUGGAAGAUGAGCAGAAAAAACGGGAGGAGUUGCGAGAGAACUAUUUGGCCGCCGAGAAGAGAUUGGCCGUCGCCUUGUCCGAACAAGAUGAUCUCAGCCAGAGAAUCGGCGUCGCUGACAAGCAAAAACGUCAAUUGGAGGGUGAUAUGGCCGAUCUCAAGUCGUCAAACACCGAAUUGAUCGCUGGAAACGCGGCAAUUUCGGCGAUGAAGAGAAAGGUCGAGAAUGACGUCCAGAUUGCAAAGAACGAAUUGGACGAGAUCCUCAACGAGCUCAAGGUGUCCGAAGAGCGCUCGAGAAAGGCGAUGGCCGAUGCGGCUCGUCUGCAAGAAGAGGUCAAACAAGAGCAAGAUCACGCAGCUCACGUUGACAGACAACGCAAGGGACUCGAGAUGACCAUUCGCGACUUGCAACUCAAGAUGGAUGAAGCCGAACAAGCAAUGAUCAAAUAUGGCCAAAAGGCGUUGGCCAAGAUGGAGGACCGUAUCCGAUCGAUCGAGGUCGAGCUGAAGAACGAGCAGAAACGCCAUCAGGAAUCGAUCAAAGGAGUUACCAAACAGGAGAGACGCGUCAGGGAACUUCAAUUCCAAGUGGAAGAGGACAAGAAAGCGUUCGAUCGUCUCCAGGAGCUCGUCGAGAAGCUGCAAGCGCGUAUCCGAGUGCAAAAGAGACAAAUCGAGGAGGCGGAAGAAGUUGCCACUUCGAAUCUCUCGAAAUUCCGUCAAAUCCAGCUCGCUCUGGAAUGCGCCGAGGAAAGGGCUGAUGUGGCUGAGAACUCGCUGGUCAGAAUGCGGUCAGCGAAACGAGUGAAUGAGGAUAAA